AUUGGAUAACUUUAUUUUACUGUAUCUAAUCGUUGUAAAGUACUUCUGUGAAUUGUUAUUUAUAUGUUUUUAUUUUUAAGCCUAUAAUAAUUCAAGUGCAAAUGUCAAAGCCCCCUAACAACAAAUUGUCUACAAAAACGCGGAAAUGCGAAAAAUGUCCCGUUUCAACGCGAUGAAAAAAUAAGAAAUGCGGGCGUUGUUUGCUUUCUCUCAGGGGGAACGUCGAUUUUUUUUCCUGCAUACUGAUAAUUCUUAUAGUAUAAAAGCUCGAAAUACCAUAGAAAGGAAUUCAGUUACAUCGCAAGACGAGUUACGUGAAACAAGUUUUUGAUAUUGACUUUCAUCAUGAAGAAAAUAGUAUUUAUCAUUUCCACAUUCUGCUUUGUUAUGAUUCAAGGGAUAAGAAAAGAAUUAAAUCCUAAAAAAAUUAAUCUAACGGAAUUCACCGAAGCUAUGCAGUCAUGCGGAACUAUGCUCGGUUUUGAUAGAGAGUUUAAACUACACCUUUUUGGCAGUCAGGAAGACUACAAUAAAACCCUUUGCCUUUCUUUUUGCGCUCUUCGGAAACUUAAAUUUUACGUAAUUGAGGAUGAGAUCAAGAAAGAGUUAGCACACGUGAGAAAUGCGAGACUGAAAGAGGAAGUAUACAAAGCUCUCGACGUUUGCAAACAUCUUUUAGACGACCCUUGCAAACUUUUCGACUGCUUUUUCGAUUAUGCAAAAGUGGUGGAUGCAGAGAAUGAAUCUCUGAAUUUGUCAAAAUUUUUCUCCGAAGGAAGCCUAUAGUACACAUUAUAAGAACUGAUCAGCGCAGCAUUAUUUAUUAAUCCCUUAUUUAUUACAUUCAUGUAUUCUGAAUAAAUUGCAUAAAAAUUUAAUAUCUGCAA